AUGAACAACGUCAAUAUGGCCAACAUGAACCCCAUGGCUGGAGGGCCUGUCGGUCCUGCUGUGCCCAUGAUGAAUAACGGCGCUAUCGCCGGUCCAUCUGCGCCGCGACCGCAACAGCAGCAGCAACAGCAACAGCAGCAGCAGCAACAACAGCAGCAACAGAUUACAGAGAACAACAGACAUUUACUGAACACCUACAUUUACGAGUAUUUUCUGCGCAACGAAAUGUACGAUUGCGCACGUUCUCUACUGAGCUCCGAUCCCCAGAUCAAACUACAGGAUGGUCCCAACUCUCGGCGCGACGAGAACGGGAAUCUACUUGGCAACGGCGUCGGCGACUCCAUGGACGUCGACAGCAAAGAAGGCGUCGAUGCGAAACGGCCCGACGAUCUGCCCCAGCCUAUGAUUGCUAACCUCUCUGUCGACCAACCCUUCCUGUUCGAAUGGUUCUGUCUCUUCUGGGACAUGUUCAACGCCCAGAAGGGCAAGAGUGGAAACGGUCAAGUCAACUCGUAUAUGAACCACACUCAGAACCAAUCUCGAAUGCGACAAAAUCAGCAACAGGAGCUUUUGCGCCAGAUGAGGCCGGAUUUGACGCCGCAGCAGCAGCAGAUGCAGAUCAUGCAAAUGCAGCGCAACGGUGCGAUGGGCAUGGUCAAGCCGGGCAACAAUCUGCCUCGCACAGCCAUGGCCAACAGCCAGAACAAUCCCAACAUGAUGCAGCACAUGCUCCAGCAGCAACAGAAACAAGGCCAGAUGCAGCGAGAGCCCUCAGACAUGGAUGGAAACCGAGCACGUCCCUCUUCCCCAGGUUCCGCUGACAACGCACCCUCUCCGUCCAAACGGAUCCGUCUCUCUGAAGGCGGUCCCUUCAAUCCUGCCCAGAACGGCAUGAUGCCUAACGGUCGACCAGCAGGGCAGGGAAUGCCAGGCCAGCAGCAGCAGGUAGGAACCGGCCCUUCGCAGCACGCUGAGCAACUGCUUCUUCAAAGUGGUAUAAAUCCAUCAACGCUGAACCCUGAACAGUUCGCAACCUUUCAAAGUCAGUCUCCAGCGGUGCAGCAGAAGACAAUUCAGACUUAUGCGGCGAACCUCCAGCAGCAGCAAAGCCAGCAGAUGGGCAAGCCCAUGCCAAAUGCAAAUGGCCCUCCUGGACAAGGUUCGCCCAUGGUUGCUCAGGCUCCUGAUGGGGCGACUAUCAAUUCCUUCUACAAUGCUGAGGGGAUGGCUGCUGCACCCCCAGGUGCUAUGAGGGGCCCCGGUGGUCCCAACGCCACCCAACAGGCUGGUGGCAGCAACCACGCUCUUCAGGAUUACCAGAUGCAGUUGAUGCUCCUUGAGCAGCAAAACAAGAAGAGGCUCAUGAUGGCGAGACAGGAGCAAGACGGUGGCAACAGCAUGCCCAUGCCCAGAGACGGGCCUGGCGGUCCGGGCGGUCCCGGAGGUCCCGGUGCUCCGCCCGGAGCCAACGCACCAUUCCAAGGCGCCUCGCCACAGGGAGCUCGUCCUGGGGCAUCACCAAAUCCUACGGACAUGAAGCGUGGUCCCCAACAGAUGAACCCAGCCGGCAUGGGCUCACCACUCCCCGAAGGCGCGCAGUCGCGCGGAUCGCCCAACACCAUGAACUUCAUGGGCAACCAGAUGGAUCCGUCCCAAGCACCUCAUUUCAUGGGUGGUGGUGGCGGUGCCGGCGGCAACAUGGCCGGCGGGCCGCAGAUGAACGGAAUGCGACCGCCAAGCUCGCACCCAGGACAGCCACCGUUCAACGGCCCGAUGAAUCCCCAGCAGCAGCAGCAAAUGAUGGCUGCUCGCCAGCAGGGCCAGAUGGCUGGGCAGCCAGGCCAGCAGAUGCAGUGGCAGCAGCAGCAGCAGCAGCAGCAACAGCAGCAGGGCGGUCCUGGCGGUCCCAAUGGUGCUCAGAUGGUCCCACAGGGCCAGACGCCGCAGCAAGUGCAGGGAACACCGCAACAGCGCCAUGCCGCGAUGCCUCCACCGGCGCAGCCCGCCGCCGCUGCAGCUGCCGCAAACGCCCGGAACACUUCGUCGCCACAGGUACCCAACGCGGCACCGCCCACGCCUUCUCAAUCAGCGAAGGCGGCGCCGAAGAAGAAGGAGACAAAGAGUGCGAAAGACAAGCGCACUGCGGCUCAGAAGAAGUCAAACCCGAACCUCAAUGCCGCUGGAGCGACUCCUGUUGCGGAGCCCGCCGCCUCGGAACCGGAGGCCCCUACGCCAGCGACGCCCAUCACUCCGGUCAACCCACAACAACCCAACGUCAACAGGCCAGGACCGAACGCAGGGCCUCCUCAGCCCAUGCCAAAUGGCCAAGGCCCCGCGCCUGUGCCUCAGCAAGCCGCACCCAUGGUGCCUCCCGCUGACCCCAACCAGAACCAGUUCAACAUGGACAUGCCGGAGUUUGGCCUUGAUUUCGCCAACCCACUUGCAACCAAUGAUGUGCUGAAUGACUUUGACUUUGACUCCUUCCUACACGAUAACGAAGGUGACGCAGGCGGGUUUGACUUCUCUGCAGCUGCCAACUUCAUGGAUCCAGAAAUUGAGACCUAG